CCGCCGGCCGAUAAUCUUUCUUCGCCUGGUUGUCACCACCAACCACCAAAUCCGUGCGACAUGGCGGCCUCAUCAACCGCUUUGCUCCGCACCGGAGACCAUGGCUAUCUCAACGAUCGAUCGCCCGCUCAUAUGGCUACCACUACGGUUAGUGUGGAGGGUAUGACGUGUGGCGCCUGCACCUCCGCUGUCGAAGGGGCCUUCAAGGGAGUUGAGGGCGCCGGCGAGGUGACCGUGAGCUUGAUGAUGGGCCGCGCCGUUGUGCACCACGAUCCGAGCUUGCUCCCACCGGAGAAGGUCGCCGAAAUUAUCGACGAUAGCGGUUUUGACGCCAAGGUCAUCUCCACGGACAGCUCAUCCCUACCGACCGAAAACACGGCGAAAUCCUCCAUAUCGAUCACCACACUGGCAGUGGAAGGCAUGACCUGUGGCGCUUGCACCUCCGCGGUUGAAGGAGGGUUGAACGAGGCAUCGGGCGUCCGAUCAGUCAGCGUGUCUCUACUCUCAGAGCGCGCCGUCGUCGAACACGAUGCCUCGGUCAUCACCCCGGAUCAAAUCGCGGAGCUGAUUGAGGAUCGUGGCUUUGGUGCAAAGGUGCUGGAAACCUCCACGGCUCAGGAUAGCUCUCAAUCUCUACAGGACUUGACGGGGUCAACAUCCUCUUUGAUGGUCACCACGGUAUCUAUAGACGGCAUGACAUGCGGUGCAUGCACCGCGAGCAUACAAAAUGCGUUCAGCGGAGUGGAUGGAUUGGUGCAGUUCAACAUCAGUUUACUUGCGGAACGAGCGAUUCUUGUUCACGACCCGUCUGUUCUACCAGUUCAGAAGAUUCUCAAUACUAUCGACGAUGCGGGUUUCGAUACAGCUCUAGUAUCUUCCGAAGCGCAAAACCUCUCGUCGAAGGGUCUCGGCCAAGUUACCCUCAGUCUUCACGGUGUGCGCGAUGCUGCCUCGGCAACGUGCUUGGAGGAUGACCUCCUCCAAAAGCCUGGCGUGUCUUCGGCCUCCGUGGACAUGAGUACCUCCCGAAUCAAAGUAUCCUUCGAUUCCUCCAUGCUCGGUGUCCGAUCGAUCGUCGAAGCUAUCGAGGCAGCUGGAUACAAUGCCUUGGUGUUGCAGUCAGAUGACACGAAUGCGCAACUCGAUUCGCUCUCGAAAACCAAGGAGGUUCAGGAGUGGAAACGCGCGUUCCUCUUCUCCGCCUCAUUCGCCGUGCCGGUCUUUCUCAUCAACAUGAUUCUACCCAUGUACCUUCCCGCGCUUGAUUUCGGCCGUGUCCCGCUCUUUUGCGGUCUCUACUUGGGUGACGUCGCUUGCCUUUUACUUACUAUCCCUGUUCAGUUUGGCAUUGGAAAGCGCUUUUAUGUGGCCAGCUAUAAGUCUCUGAAACAUCGGUCGCCGACCAUGGAUGUUCUGGUCAUGCUGGGUACAUCCGCGGCAUUUUUCUACAGCCUUUUCACCAUGAUCGUCGCGAUGUUUUCGGGUGGUCACUCGAGGCCUAGCACGGUCUUUGAUACAAGCACGAUGCUUAUCACAUUUAUCACGCUGGGAAGAUGGUUGGAGAACAGAGCUAAAGGUCAAACUUCGGCUGCACUUUCGCGACUCAUGUCCUUGGCGCCUUCAAUGACUACUAUCUACGAUGACCCUAUCGCGGCAGAGAAAAUGGCUGAGCAGUGGGAUACUAAGACCUCACCAUCGGAGGACAGACACUCGGCUCCUGCAGCACAUGAGACCUCGGGCCCUGGGCAAAAACUGAUCCCCACUGAGCUCAUCGAAGUUGGGGACAUCGUGAUGCUCCACCCCGGAGAUAAAGUCUCGGCAGAUGGUAUCGUCAUUCGCGGCGAAAGCUAUGUCGAUGAAAGUAUGAUCACGGGUGAAGCCCUUCCUAUCCACAAAUCCAAGGGCAGUGUUGUUAUUGCUGGAACAGUCAACGGGACAAGCUCGAUGGACUUCAAGGUCACACGCGCAGGUAAAGAUACUCAGCUUAGUCAAAUCGUCAAACUGGUCCAGGAUGCCCAAACGAGUCGAGCUCCCAUUCAACGUAUGGCCGAUGUGGUAGCCGGGUAUUUCGUGCCAGCUAUCAUCAGUCUUGGCCUGGUCACCUUCUUCGGCUGGAUGUUUAUGAGCCAUAUUCUGCCCCAUCCACCCAAGGUUUUCUUGGCAGAAAGCAAUGGGGGCAAAGUCAUGGUCUGUCUGAAGCUCUGCAUUUCCGUGAUUGUUUUCGCCUGUCCUUGUGCCCUGGGUUUGAGCACGCCCACUGCCGUCAUGGUUGGAACAGGUGUAGGUGCGCAGCAGGGUAUUCUCGUCAAGGGUGGUGCUGUUCUCGAAGCCGCUACAAAGAUCACCCAUGUGGUUUUCGAUAAAACGGGGACCUUGACAACCGGGAAGAUGAGCGUUGCAGAAACCAGAAUUGAGUCCCAGUGGACUGCGAACGACUGGCGGCGUCGAUUAUGGUGGCUUAUUGUUGGUCUUGCGGAGAUGAGCAGCGAACACCCUAUUGGAAGAGCCAUCUUUGCCGCCGCUCAGACUGAGUCAGGUAAUCCCGGAGAUGGCGGUCUUCCAGGAAGCUUGGGUGACGUCGAAGCCGUUGUCGGAAAAGGUAUCUCUGCACUGGUCGAACCAGCCUCUAGUGCCGAGCGCAUCCGAUACCGCGUUCUGGUGGGUAAUGCUACUUUUCUGCGAUCCAGAGACGUCGCAAUCCCAGAAUCUGCCGAGCCCCAAUCCUCAGAUGAUAUGGAAAGUAUCAACGCCAAAGCUCCUGCCGGUAUCACCCAGAUCCACGUCGCCAUUGAUAGCCAGUAUGCCGGUACCAUCUCGCUUCGGGAUACUGUGAAAAGCAGCGCUCCGGCAGCAGUUGCGGCUUUGCAUCGCAUGGGCAUCAUGACAUCCCUUAUCACGGGUGACACCCAUGCAACUGCCAUUUCGAUCGCUGCAGCUGUCGGCAUUUCGACCGAUGCAGUCCACGCUUCCGUGUCCCCUUCGGACAAGCAAGCUAUUGUCGCUUCGCUGCAAGAGGCCGGCGAUCGAGUUGCUAUGGUUGGUGAUGGCAUCAACGAUUCUCCCGCCCUGGCUACUGCGUCUGUCGGUAUUGCGCUUGCCUCUGGAACCGAUGUUGCCAUGGAAGCAGCCGACAUCGUUCUCAUGCGGCCCGAUGACCUGCUGUCUGUGCCAGCAAGCUUGUAUCUAUCCCGGUCGGUGUUCAACCGAAUCAAGCUAAACCUGAUGUGGGCAUGUCUCUACAACGUCAUUGGACUGCCUUUUGCCAUGGGCAUCUUCCUUCCCUUCGGGUUCAUGCUGCCCCCUAUGGCCGCCGGUGCCGCCAUGGCUGCCUCCAGUGUCUCAGUUGUCGUUAGCAGUCUUCUCCUCAAACUCUGGCGCCGUCCCAAAUGGAUGGACGCUGACAAGCUUCUCAAGGAGAUUUCAGAAGCGAACACCGACUUCAAGUCUUCGCAGAAGAGCUGGUGGGCCGCAACUCUCUCGGUCACCGGCUCCUCCUCCUCCUCCGGUGGCCGAUCAUCAUCCCACUGGAUUCGCAACACUGGCGCCGAGGUUUGGUCCUUUGUCACGGGCAAGAGAGCCCGAGGCUCCGACUUGGACGAGGGCCGCUACGUUCCUCUCCAAACGGUGGAACCAGCCUGAGUCCUCCUGUGUUAGACGCACAAUUUUUCUGGGUAUAUAAUGAUUGUCUUGUCACUGGUUGUCUAUGAGCUGAGCAUUGGCAAUUUGGCCAUAUAUUGCAUAUCUCUCUGCAUGUCACGACCCUCUAAUGAUCUGAUUUGAUUUUCUUUGUUUUGUUCUUUUCUUGGUUUCUUGGACAGCGAAUGGUGCUAUCUUGGUGUUGUGUGGUUUUCUUUUCACUUUCUUCUCCCAAUCUCAGCUAGAAAGCCUUCUUUCCGACGGCCUAUAAAUCUUAUAC